AUGCCUAAAGUACCAAUUUUGGCCGCAGCCGUGCCUGAUUCACGUCAAUCCGGAGACACAUCUUACGAUGGGGCAAGGACGAGCGGCAAAAACGGCUCCAAUCUUUCCAGGUUUGGCAUCCAUGAAGUCUCGAAAGAAAACCACUUGGUCACCUUCACCUUUCGCUUCCCGAAGCCAGGAAUCUAUAAGCUCCUGAUCUACGCCAGGAACACGGGAGAACAGGUAAGCGAAAUCCUUUUAUGGCUCAUUUAA